AUGCCGCAGCUCAUACUGUCUCGUCUGUCAAGGCUGAAAGGCAUAAAAGUUCACAUCCGCCGAGAUUUGGAACCCGAGGACAGGGAUCGUUUGAAGACUGCGGUCAUUGAGCUCAAACGCCGUACAGAGGAAGGUGAGACUGACUUACAAGUUGUAAAUUUUCGGGUGAUCAAGAAGGGUGUACGAACCCGUAUCAACCGGUUGCUCAACCUCCAGGCACGUCCCGCAGUACCUCCCAGGACCUCCGUGUGGCAUUCGCCAACGUGUGCA